ACAGGUCUAGGAUUUCAGCCUUGAUUCUCUUUUGGUCUUUUCCUAUCUCCACUUUCAUUUUUGGCUUUUUCCUCUUAAAAACCCCACACUUUUGUAAAAAAGACUAAAUAGAUAGAGUUAAGAGGGAUGUGUCACAUAUUUCUUGGACUAUUUAGCAACAACAAGGGGUGUCACUACUCACUACUUACAAUACUUGUCUAGUGCUUUGCUUUGCUCAUCAUUCCCACAAAAAAAAAACUUCCCAUUUGGUUUUCUUGAUUAUUUUUUUUAGACAUACAAAAAAAAUCAAAUGGAUUAUGGUAUGGUGGCAGCUGAUUCAGAAUGUAGUAGUGGAUGUGAGUCUGGUUGGACUUUAUACUUAGAAAAUUCAUUUUUACCUUGUUGUAAAGACAACAACCUUGAAGGUGAAAAGAGUUUAAAGCAAAAAGAAGAAGAAACAGAGGAAGAAGAUUUGUCAAUGGUUUCUGAUGCAUCUUCAGGGCCUCCAAAUUUUCAUCAAGAAGAAGAAUACGGACAUAACAUUAUUAAUGGUAGUCAUUAUUAUGCACCAAUUACUAAUCCAAAGAGGCAGAAAGCUAAGGAUAAAAAACAAAAACAGAUUUCUGUACUGGAUGAUACAGCUAGCUCACCUAUCUUUGAUUUCUCCAAUUUACAGAACAAUUUCAGUAGCAUCAACAACAACACAAAGUCAGUGGAAAAUGUAUUGGAUUUUUCACAAGGUUACUCUACAACACACUUUCAGGGGAGAUCUACAUACCAGGAACACUAUGGUUAUUUCCAGUCAUCUUUACUAUCUGGAAACAAAUUGCAAGAAAACCAAUGGUUUGAAGAGAAGAGGUGGGGAUAAUUGCUAUCAGUUUUUUUUUGUUUUUUUUGUUUUUUUUUUUUAAAAAACGGAAUGCUGGGAGUUUAAUUUGUCCAAGCAAAAGGAAUUGGAUCUCUAAAGGGAUUGUUGUUCCUUUUCUUUUUCUGUUUUCUUUUUUGUUUUCUUUUAGUUGUCAAUGCAUUGGAAAACAGCUUUAAGAG